GACAAGCCACUCCCACCACCACCCGGUCCUCCGAAACCGCGAAAUGAAAGCAUUGCAGCGUCAAUGUCGUCCUAUCGAGCUCGUCCAACUGCAUCCUCAAAGAGCUCUUCGAUAGACUUCUCCAGAGCGAGAGCUAUAUUCGAUACCGCCAAACAACCGCAAGUACAAAACGCCUUUCUAUCAGCAGUCAAAAAUCCUACAGUCAGAUCAAUCGCAGCUUCGUCAGCAAAAAAUGAAAAAGUACAGUCAGCGGUUAUCAAAACGGCACAAGAUGAUAGGGCUCGAAGUACGAUUUUGGAUCUUGCCAAAUUGUACGAAUCGCAGUCAACAAAAAAUACGUCGAAUUUUUCCGGAUAUAGACAAUCCAACAAAAACCUAAUUGACACGAACACCAGUACUGCAUCCAGUUGUUUUAAAUCGACUCCUCCACAGCCACAAAAAUCAGCAAAUUCUGACUACUAUCCAUCGUUAUUCGAUCAACAAUCUUCGUCAACGGAUCCAUUUUCAUCACCAAUACCCUCCAAAUCUCUUCCAAACCCUUUUCUAUCAUUUUCAUCGACCACUGGUAAUAACAACGAUACUAAUAGUUACAAUGUUCAUAGUAAUACCAAUAACGACAAAUUUACUUCGAUACAAAAUAAUCUUGCUUCAUUGGAUCUGUUCAAUCAUCCCGUCAAACCUGCAGUGCCUCUCAAAAAGAUUCCACCCGCAAGACCUCCACCACCAAAAGCGAAUAAAUGGAGUGGCAGCAAUAGAUUAUCAACAACGCCAACAAAUGAACCUCAUGCGAUCGUUAAAUAUCCUUAUAAAGCCUCGCAGUUCGAUGAAUUGUCAUGUCAGCCGAACGACGUUGUUAUCCUUAAAAAAGAAGUUGAUGAUCAGUGGAUAUAUGCGUUAAAUACGCGUACAGGUGAACACGGGAUUCUGCCUAUUGUAUUUUUGGAUAUUAAAAUACCAUUGGUACCCACACAGAAAGCGAAUCUAAUCACGCAACAAAUAUCCUCGUUGCAGAGGAGAGAAACAACAACAGCAACAGCACGCGCCUUAUACGAUUAUGAUUCUGCAGUUGAAGGUGAUCUAAAGUAUGAGUUAUUCGCAACCAAAUUGAAGUUGCCAUUUCAGUUCCGUGCGAACGACAUUAUAAAAGUGCAGGCGAAAGUCAAUAACGAAUGGCUUCGUGGUGAGAUUGACUCGAAAUGUGGAAUAUUUCCGGCAAAUUUCGUUCAGUUAUUAUCACCAAUUACAUCGUCAUCAAAACCACCAACAUCAUCGUCAGUAACAAACAAGAUUGUAACAGCAACUUUUGAUUACAAUAGUGGCGUUCCAGAUGAUUUAGUAUUCCGGAAGGGUGAUCGAAUUGAAGUCGUGGAAAGGAUUAAUGAUGACUGGAUUAAAGGUCAACUGAACGGCAGAAUUGGACUUGUCCCGAUGACAUAUGUUGAAUCAGGUAAUUCACAUUGCAGUGUAAUACCAACAUCUCUAACCUCACUACAAACUAAUCGAACUGUUCGUGCAAAUCAAGAUUAUUAUAACCAAUCACCUGCUCAUUUAUGCUUCUCUAAAGGUGAUCAGAUUGAAAUUAUGCAACAGAUUGAUAAAGAGUGGCUCAAAGGAAAGCUGAUAUUGAAUAUGUCAAAUCAAAAAUCAUUUCCUUGUGGUAUUUUUCCUCGAUCAGCGGUUGAAUGA